AUGUCCCUGUUUAGCUUGGCCUUGCUAUGGUUAGCUCUCUCACUUGUAGCAGCCGUCGAACCAGCAGAUGACCAAGAGGCUAGCUGCUCGCCCAAGUUAUGCGGCAACCUGACUAUCUCAGACCCAUUUGGAUUUGUUCCGGAGCAGGCAACGGACACAAAAUGCGGUCGUCUGGGAUUCGAGGUCCAUUGCAACAACAGCAUUCCAUACCUCGGGUAUUAUCGGCGGAAGUAUAGAUUCCGGAUCCUCAACAUCUUCUACGACAACAGCUCCUUGCUUGUCGCUGAUAUCCACAAGCUCGAGGACUUCAUCGGAUCCAACUCCAAGGGCUGCCAUGUUCUGACUUCCAACACCUCCUCCAAAAUCGGUCUUCCAUUCUCGAUCAGCCCUGUCAAUCUGAACCUCAUCUUCUACAUGUGCACCAAGACACCGGAGCCGGAUAUGGGGCUUGUGGAGACGAAAUGUGGCAGCAGCUUGCUUGUUCAUGUUGGAGGGCAUUACAAUGACUCGAGCAACUACACGCAGUACUCAGUUGAGGGAUGCAGCACUACCCUUGUGCCAGUGCGGGGGGCAUUUGGCGAGGCGAACGCGAGCAGCUAUGAGCAACUCAUCAGCGAUGGCUUCCUCUUGACAUGGCAGCCACCAACUGGUUCCAUGUCUGCUACAGCUGGGUUGUUUUUCACAUGUCUUCUUUGGUUCAUAUACCGUCGGAAACAAAAGCUCGGUGUCUUCAUUCUCCAAAAGCAUGCUCGGAGUAAAUCAAAUAUGGAAGAGAUAAUAAGGAGAUAUCAAUCACUGACCCCAAAGAGGUACAGUCACUCGGAUCUGAAGAAAAUAACAAGAGGUUUUAAGGAAAAAUUAGGAGAGGGUGGUUAUGGUACAGUAUUCAAGGGUACUCUACCAGAUGGCCAUAUGGUUGCUGUGAAACUCUUAAAAGGGUCCAAAGGCAAUGGAGAGGAAUUCCUAAAUGAGGUUACUACUAGCAUUGGUAGGACCUCCCAUGUCAAUAUUGUCAGUUUAUUUGGCUUUUGUUUACAGGGAUCUAAGAGAGCCCUUGUUUAUGAGUACAUGGCCAAUGGCUCUUUAGAGAAGUAUAUUUAUUCAGAGAGUUUAAAGUCGGCACUUGGAUGGGAAAAAUUGAGGAAAAUAGCUAUUGGCAUCGCCCAUGGCCUGGAGUAUUUGCAUCAGGGCUGCAGCACCCGCAUCAUCCAUUUUGAUAUUAAGCCCCACAACAUCCUUCUUGACGAAGACUUCUGUCCGAAAAUUGCUGAUUUCGGAUUGGCAAAACUGUGUCAUGUCAAGGACAGUGCUCUCUCAAUGGGUGACGCAAGAGGCACCAUUGGUUUCAUUGCUCCAGAAGUGUUUUAUAGAGGGUUUGGAGUUGUGUCAACUAAGUCAGACGUUUACAGCUAUGGAAUGAUGAUACUACAAAUGGUAAGCGGCCGGGGAAAUACUGAGAAUUCUAGUGAAACGUAUUUUACCGACUGGAUUUAUGACUGCAUGUUAAAGGAUUUGCAAAGCCAUGAAGUCACAUCCGAGCUAGAAGAGACUGCAAAGCAGAUUGCUCUAGUUGGCUUGUGGUGCAUACAAAUGGCCCCAGGAAGUCGUCGUCCUUCCAUGAAUACAGUCACAGAAAUGUUGGAGAAGAAUAUCAACGAAUUGAAAAUGCCACCCAAGCCAUUCCUUUCCUGCCCCCUGCCCCAAUCACAUUUCUCAUCUUAG